AUGCAACACACGGUAACAUCAAACAAGCAACCCAGCCAACCUUGAUUUGAUUAGUAACAUUUCAGUUCUGGUCUCCUUCAAUUGAAUCAUACAGUACAUCUUUGCUGGUUCCGAAUUUCCCGCAAGUUGCAUCUCACUGCCUGCAGGCCCUAUCCGAGUCAGCGUUUGCAGUCAUUUCAAUCCUCGACAUCUCAUAUUAUAAUGCAUGGCACCUAGAUCCUAUUAUUAUCGCUGAUAAGUAUCACUGCAGUAUCAGGCUUAAAAUAACUGAAGCAGUUUCAAUCCACUAAAUUCAUACCAAUGCCCAUCGAACUCUAUCACACUAAGUAACGCUCACCGUCGCUUCAUUCAAGACUGCGGACACGUACUACAAGGUACACACUGAGUACCGUUAUUAUCCUGAUAUGUCUUCCCUACUAUCGGUCUCAGACACAACGAAGUUGCAGACGGUCAAGUACGCCAAUUUGGGUAGUCUUGCAAUCCUCGUGUUUGAUUAUUGCAUCACCUUUUCCGAAGAGGUGCAAUGGACCUGGUUCAAACCAUGGGAUGUAACUCGUGUCAUAUUCAUCAUCUCCCGAUAUUUGCCUUUCGCGGGGGUUGGAAUGACCGCAUAUGAUGCACUACGUGUCAGCAAUCAGUGUGCCUCUACUGUAGAAGAAUACAUCGUUCACGUCAUAUGUAUCGCUGCUGCGGAAGCCUUGCUGGUUAUCCGGACCUGGGCAUUCUGGCAAAAGAGUAAAGAAUUGCUGAUCGGAUUAGUUGUUUAUAGUGUGUUGACAAUCAUCGCCGCCAUUGCUGCAGACUUGGCUCCUACAAUGUUGAUUCCAGGAGAGGAGCCCCCUCCAGGAACCUGUUACUUCGAGAGCACACGUAACGCUGCGAUCGUAUACUUGUUCUUGGUGAUAUUUGAAAGUGUAAUGCUGAUACUUAAUGUAUACAAGAGGGUUCACGACUAUAAAAAUUUUCAGAGCGGAAUUGUAGUAACCCUAUAUCACGAUGGCAUGUUCUACAUGUUGUGCAUCCUCACCGUCACACUUGCUAAUGUUAUCUUUGAGGGUGCACUUCCAAGUGCCUACAGCAAUAUGUUUGACUCGCUACAGCUGGUCGCUCACAGCGUCCUGGCAUCACGAAUUCUAUUCCGCCUUCGACGUAGCAACGAACAUGUACACGCACCCAUGUCAACAAUGAUGUUAGACACUCAGGUAGACUUGUCGAUGUCGAUGAGUGGGACGAGUACUGCCAGUGAAGUUUGAGGGAAUGCAGGUGUAUGCGGAACCAUCGGCCUCUGUUGAAAUGAGAAGUUUUUGCUCUUAUCUGAUGUACAACUCAAUUGUGAUAUUAUUAGCCAAUGAUACUGUGAUGCCUCAGAGAACUUGAACGAACGAAACGG